AUGUGUUGUUAUGUGGUGUUUGUGUCCGGUGGUGGUGCGGCUUCAUAUCAGAGUCAAAGAUACGAUGACGCCGGAACAGAUUCGACGACUACAAUUCUGCAACUCUCCACCUCUUCUUCGCUCUUUUCCUUUCGACUUUUGUUGUACUACAUUGCUGAUGAUUGUUGCGUUCGUAAAAUUGUCACCUUAGAGUCCAUGAUUGAGCAAGGGCCUAGGCUGGUAUUGCAAGAUGACGGAAAUUCUGCUUUUAUUUCAAAUGCGGAACUCGCUCUCUCAAAACUUGGUCUCUCAGGUUUCUUUCAAGCUGUUAUUAUUGGUGAUGAAUGUGAACAUCCCAAACCUCAUCCAGAGCCAAAAUUGUGGGCAGCUCUGGAAGAACUUGACAAGUCUGGCUCUCAUUUAAGUUUUGACUUAAUACUCGUGCGAUUGGCAUAA